UUUAAGAAGACUGGUAACUGUUCGAGGCCUAAUUGUUCGUUUGCUCAUGGUACUGUUGAGCUUCGUCGUCCUGGGGAGUCUUCUUCAUUCACUGGUAAUGGUCUCGUUUAUUAUGCUUUUUGAAAAUAAGCUAUUGAUUUCAUUUUCGAGUUAAUUGGUGGAAGGAUUCAUGAUGAUCAAACAUUUAGGUCUCUCUCUCUUUGCUCAGACUUAUUUUGUAUUAUUCUUUGAUGAUUUUUCUGUUAAGUAAUCUUCCUCUUGGAGCUUAGUGGUUCAAUGCACCUUUUUUAGUGAUAUGAUUGGAUAAAACGUGUUCUGCUUACAGUGGUAUCAGUGUUAUACUUUGCUUUGGAUUUGGUUUAUCUCCAUAUAAAGUUAUGUAUUCGGUUUUGCUGACUGGUUUAUUCUGCGGAAUCAUUCGGGAAUAUUGGAUGUUGUUCCAUUUGCAGAAAGAUACAGGGAUAUUAGUACUGCUGGUCUUUUUGGAUGAUAUUUAUAUUGGUUUCUUUUGGAGUGGGAAUCUGCUGGUUUUUUCUUAGCUGAUAUCUAUAUUGGUUUUCUUAUUAUUACCAUUCUUUUUGAAGAAUAUCUAUCAUGGGUUCUUAUGCAUCUACAACCAUGGUUCUCAGACUCCAAGACUCGGUAUCAAGCACUGCUUGUUGUUAGGAUUUAUCAAUUUUCUGUUGUUAUGACUUCUGGCAUUUUUCAUCCUGCCAGUUAUGUAUAUGGAGAUUUCCAUGAUUGUUUUAUCUUCAAUGGUCUCUCAGUUGGUUUCUUGGAUCAAGAAAUAUGCAGAAUAUGGGGGUUUGAUGGUCAGAAGGAAUUGAACAUCAAAUUUUGGUGGAUUUUGAUUGUGUUAUUAUAUGGAUCUUCAAGAUUGGUUCUUUAUUUUCUCACAUAAUCUGGAGCAUUCUCAACCUAUUAUCGAUGAGAUACACUGACUUCCACUUAUUUAGUUCCCAAUUGUGGGUUUUCUCCAACUGCUGGCAGACAUCACAAUAUGGAUAGUGACUUAAGAGAUAGACUUGGUAGACAGUUUUCUCCAGAGCGGAGACCUUCUUUAGACAGAAGUGGAAGAAGGCUACAAAGAUUUGGUGGACAUGAAAAUGCUAGUCCAUUUGAGAACCGAAGAGAUAAAGACUACAGGGGGAACAAUAGAUUUUAUGAACGACGUGAUUAUGCUGGUGCUUUGAAAGUCGGAAAUAGGAUUGAAGACAGGGCAGAAGAUGGAAGAAAUAAGUUUCAGGGUUACAAUAACGUUCUGGAAGAGCAGUUAAAAGAUGUAGAGAUGGAUGUUAAAAUGCUUACUGAUGACAAACUACGGUUGGAGGCUUCCGUUGAAAGGAAGGCACAUGAAGUAGACAUUCUUACUUCUAGGAUUGAGGAGCUUGAGACCCAGUUAGAUAGAGAGAAAGAGGAAUGUAGGAGGAUUACUUCAAGCACGAAGAAAUUUGUCAAAGAAUAUAACCGCUUCUUAAGGGCACAAGAUGAUCUAAAGAGGUCAGAAGCCCGUCUUCAGAAAUUGGGAAACCAACUUAGUACAUAUUUUGCUGGAAGUGAAGGCAUUAAUAGGGAUGUAAAUGUGGAUAUUGUGAGCGAUGAAGAGAACAAUGGUCGGAAUUUGAGAACCGCUUGUGAUCCACAGAAUGAGUUGCAGAAUAUUUCUUCAAUGCCUAGGAAAAAGCGUUAUGUGGAUCAAUAUACUACGAAAGAAACUGUUGAAGAUGGCUUCAUAGGAAGAGGUGAAGAAGAGAUGGAAAAGGAGAAGAAGAGACCUUCUCGUUGGAAUAUGGGUUCUUCAAAAUCAUAUUCCGAAGAAGAAAGUGGAGCGUGGAACGACGAAGACACAAUUAACAAGUCCUCAUCAAAGGAAGACAACUGGAAAAGAAGAAGGUUUUCUAUUGGCACCUCAUCUACUGACAAGGUAAUAUCGUCUACAAGCAUGGCAGCUCAGGCAUUUGAUGAUGUUGCAGAAUUUGAUGAAGAGAAUCCUGAAGCAGCCAAAAGCUCUCCUCUCAUAUCCCUUCCUCCACCCCCACCUUUCAGAGAUACCCAUGUUCAGGGAGACGAGGAUGACGAAAACGUUGAUGUGAUGGAACAAGGGAAAGCCAAUGACCUUGAUGAUUCCAUCUGAUCAUAAUAACCGCUAAAAUUUGAACACUAGAAAAAAAGCCUGUUGUUUUAAAGUAAUCUUCAGGGGUUUUAUAGGCGAGCUUUACAUUUUAUUCGGUGCAAUAUUAACAAUGAUUAGAAUCGGUAACAUGCUUCUGCUUCUGUUCAUCAUCUUUAGAUAUAUAUAUGGCCUUUGACU